AUGGACUCAGACGACGAUUUUAUGACGGAUGGGUCGAGUGGGCAGGACUUUCUCGAUACGCAGGGCAGCGAUAACGAGAGCUUAGGAGGCGACUUCGAAGAAGACCUUGGAGGCUCCUUCAACUAUGAGAAAGACAUCAAGCCUGUACGGCAGCCAUACGAGACCGAUUCCACAGCCCUCAGUCCAAACGAUAUCACACGGGAACAGAACGUGCAGAUCAAUGAAGUCUCCUCUAUACUUGGCUUGCCUGCGGAGAGCGCUGCUAUCCUACUUCGGUUCAGCAGAUGGAACAGAGAGAAGCUGAUAGAGUCGUACAUGGACCAUCCCGAGAAGACACUUGAAGACGCUGGUCUUGGACCGACAUUCUCGACCAACCCAAAAACUGAAGUUAUGCCUGGCUUCAUGUGUGAUAUCUGUUGUGAAGACGGGCCGGAUCUUCAGACUUAUGCAAUGCGGUGUGGGCAUAGAUUCUGUGUGGACUGCUAUAGCCACUAUCUGGGGCAGAAGAUCAAAGAAGAGGGAGAGGCUGCGAGGAUAGAGUGUCCGCAGGAUCAGUGUCAUCGGAUUAUCGAUUCGAAGUCGCUUGAUUUACUUGUGGGAGAGGAUGUGAGAGAUCGGUACCGAACUCUGCUGAUACGAACCUAUGUCGACGACAUGCCAAACUUGAAGUGGUGUCCAGCUCCUAACUGCGAGUUCGCUAUUCGAUGUGCUGUCAAGGAGCGAGAUUUGGACCGUGUCGUCCCGACGGUAAACUGUGCCUGCGCGUUUGCCUUCUGCUUUGGAUGUGACGUUGGCAACCACCAGCCCUGUCCCUGUGCCUUAGUCAAGAAAUGGGUUAAGAAGUGCAAGGAUGACUCGGAAACGGCAAACUGGAUCUCAGCCAACACCAAAGAAUGCCCCAAAUGUCAUUCUACCAUCGAAAAGAACGGAGGCUGCAACCACAUGACAUGUAGAAAAUGCAAGCAUGAGUUCUGCUGGAUGUGCCUUGGCCCCUGGUCCGAACAUGGAACAAGCUGGUACAACUGCAACAGAUUCGAAGAAAAGGGUUCCUCUGAUGCACGAGACUCGCAGACUCGCUCGCGUCAAUCCCUUGAGCGGUAUCUUCACUACUACAACCGCUUCGCUAACCACGAGCAGUCAGCCAAGCUCGACCGAGACCUGUUCUUGAAGACAGAGAAGAUGAUGGUGAACCUCCAGUCUCAAUCCGGUCUGUCUUGGAUCGAAGUACAGUUCCUUGACACUGCAUCACGUACGCUCCAGGAGUGUCGACAAACGCUUAAAUGGACAUAUGCCUUUGCCUUCUACCUUACGCGCAAUAACUUGACUGAAAUCUUCGAGGAUAACCAGCGAGACCUCGAGAUGGCCGUCGAGAACCUGAGUGAGAUGUUUGAGAAGCCUAUCUCCGAACUCGCAGGCUUGAAAGUCGAUAUUCUCGACAAGACCUCCUAUUGCAACAAACGACGAGUUAUCCUUCUUUCCGAUACAGCUGAGAAUCUAAAGGCCGGUGAAUGGUCUUUCAUAGUAGAUCUGAAAUAA